CCUGCGAGCGGUGGCGGCGGCGCUCAGAGCCGGGCUGUGCCUUUUCCAUCAGCAGUGGCGCCAGCACUGCGGAGCCCGAGCCCGGGUCUGAUUGGGAUACGCUCCAUCCAUAUUUUCCCCUUCUUCUUUUGAAUCUUCUUUUUCUUAAAUCCUUCCUGCAUUUUCAAAACCUCAACAUGGUGCAGAAAAAGACUGAACUCCAGGGUUUCCACCGUUCUUUUAAGGGCCAGAAUCCGUUCGACCUGGAAUUCUCCCAAUCAAAUCACCUGGAGUCUGUCUUCAACUUCGAAUGCCCAUCUCGGCCCGAUAUGCCUUCAAGUCAACCCAUCGACAUCCCGAAUGCCAAGAAAAGAAACAAGAAGAAAAAACGCUGCCGGGCCACGGAUAGCUUUUCAGGCCGAUUUGAAGAUGUUUACCAGCUCCAAGAAGAGGUCCUUGGAGAAGGAGCACACGCGAAGGUCCAGGCCUGUGUUAACCUCAUUACCAAUAAGGAGUAUGCAGUCAAGAUCAUUGAGAAGCGUCUCGGACACAUCCGAAGUCGGGUCUUCCGUGAAGUCGAGAUGCUCUAUCAAUGCCAAGGACAUAGGAACAUCUUGGAGCUAAUAGAGUUCUUUGAAGAGGAGGACCGAUUCUACCUCGUGUUUGAAAAGAUGAGAGGAGGCUCCAUCUUAACCCACAUUCAUCGUCGGCGCCAUUUCAACGAGCUGGAGGCCAGCACGGUGGUACACGACAUUGCCAGUGCCCUUAACUUCUUGCACAAUAAAGGAAUAGCACAUAGAGAUUUAAAACCAGAAAAUAUUCUCUGUGAGAGUUCCAAUCAGGUUUCCCCGGUGAAAAUCUGUGAUUUCGAUUUAGGAAGUGGGAUCAAGCUGAACGGCGACUGUUCUCCAAUCUCCACCCCUGAAUUGCUCACUCCGUGCGGUUCAGCCGAAUACAUGGCCCCGGAGGUCGUGGAGGCGUUCAACGAAGAAGCAUCCAUCUACGAUAAGCGUUGUGACCUGUGGAGCUUGGGGGUGAUUUUGUACAUCAUGCUGAGCGGCUACCCCCCUUUUGUGGGGCACUGUGGGACCGACUGCGGCUGGGAUCGCGGCGAAGCGUGCCCCGCGUGCCAAAACAUGCUGUUUGAAAGCAUUCAGGAAGGGAAGUAUGAAUUCCCUGACAAAGAUUGGGCUCACAUCUCUUUUGGAGCGAAAGAACUCAUUUCGAAGCUCCUGGUGAGAGAUGCCAAAAAGCGCCUGAGUGCGGCUGAAGUCCUCAAGCACCCGUGGGUGCAAGGGUGUGCUCCAGAUAACACGCUCCCAACUCCAAUCAUCCUACAAAGAAACAGCUGUGCCAAAGAGCUGACGUCGUUUGCUGCCGAAGCCAUCGCCGUGAACCGGCAGCUCAUGCAAGACGAAGAGGACGCCGCCGAGGAGAGGCACCCCAUAAUCAUUAAAGCUACCUCAUGCUCCAUGCGGCUGUCGCCCCCUUCGGAAUCCAAGCUGGCCAAACGGCGGCAGAAGACCAGCAUGGCAAAAGCCGACGGCAACCAGCACCAUCCGGGUGGGGGAUCACAACUAGUCCUGGUGGGGGAUCACAUCUGAAUCCCUCUCUGUGUACACCCCCGUUCUUUCUUCCAUUCUCACCCCCACCCCACCCCACCCCGGCCCCCUUGCUUCGGACAAAAUAAAAUGAGCUAGAAAAACAAGAUCAGAUCCUUCUCAAGUUGGCUGGUUUCCAAGGAUUCCCCCCCCCCCCUUGAUCUUGUUUUAACACUGGCUUUUUCUUUUUUCUCCGCGUUCCCCCCCCCCAGUUCCAAAACAGGUAUUUUAACCUUCUUGAAUCUCCUACAAAAGCAUCCCACCCACCGACCCCGGCCCCGCAUGGGUGUAUUUUGACACACACGUAAUAUAUCAUUUUGGCUUUUUGGAAAAGAAGAAUUUACAUCUGAUUCCCACCACCACCCCGCGGCCGCGCCUCUGCUGAAGGACAGCUUAAGGAUACUGUUUUCUGCUAUCUGUCAGCUCUUCUUCAUACUGUGAAAAGUGGGGGAUAAAUUCCCCCCUCCCCUUAAAAGUCCUCAACUUUGAAAGGUA